UUUACCACCAAUCCUCCUUAUCCUCUGCUUCACACUUCACCGUGUGCAAUAAACCCAUUCCUCUUCUCUUUUUUUUUAACACGCGCUAUAUACCACCGCCAACCAAGUCGCCAUGAUUGUCUAUAAGGAUAUCGUCUCAGGGGAUGAGAUCAUCUCCGACACCUGGAAACUCAUCGAAACCCCCGGUGGAGUCCUGUGGGAAUGCGACUGCAAGAAAUAUGCCAGGGGUGCAGAAAAAUUUCAGCUUGAGGGUGCCAACCCCUCUGCCGAAGAAGGUGGGGAAGAAGAUUACUCUGGUGAAGGCGGUGGAGAGAUGGUUCACGAUAUCGAGGUCUCCUUCCAGCUGAAUUGGCUGAAACCAGACGAAAAUGGCCAGGAAACUAAACCCUCCAAGGAACAGUUCAAAGCUCACCUCAAAUCAUAUGUCAAGAAGGUAAACAAUGCUCUCAAGGAGAGUGGAGCGAGUGAAGAAACUAUCAAGGAAUUCCAGGCUGGCGCUCCUGCUGCCGUCAAGAAGAUCCUCGCUAACUACGACAACUACGAUGUUCUUAUGGGUUCAUCCAUGAAUGGUGAUGGAAUGCACGUUCUCAUUGAUUUCCGUGAAGAUGGAAUCACGCCCUUUGCCACCGUUUGGAAGCACGGUUUGGUUCCAGAGAAGGUUUAAAAAAAAAAAACGGAAGACACGAGAGACACUGCUCGAAUUCAUUUUGUUGUCCUAUCAUAGCCAAUUGCAAAGGAUAACAACUGCCCGGUCCAACUUUCACAUUGAUGAUAAUGAGAUAAUUCACCCGCCGCCCAUAGCAAACAACCAUUUAACUCUCCCAACCCCUGCCCCGCGACCCCUCCUCCCCAACUGUUCUUCUCCUUGCGCUGGCCCCGGGGGUUGGAAGUCCAACUUUCUGUUCCUUUUUCGGCGUCACUGUCUUCUGCACAUGCGUUUUCCAUCCCAGCCGUUUGAUCUUUUAUAACGCUAAGCGCCACAUGAAAUAAAGAAAGUCUAGUUUUUGUC